UCAGAUUGGUACCUCAAAAGUGUUGCCCAAAAGUUUUGGGUUUUCCUUCCAAUUUUCAAGAAACACAAUUUUGGGAACUUAUAAUUGAUUCUGAUUCACCUGAGAGAAUGGCUUCCAUGGCCGUUGUUGAGGAUCCUCUCGAACCCGAAUCAAAGGAGAAGACCUCGGCAACUGAUAAAGCCGUGGAUGAUAAAUACAAUGUCGAAGCUGCCGAACUUCGAGCCAACGAGGCCAUGCGUUUGCCUAUUUCGGAGGCUAUUCCAAUUUAUGAACAGCUCCUCACUCUCUUUCCUACUGCUGCAAAGUUUUGGAAACAGUACGUGGAGUCACACAUGGCUGUAAAUAAUGAUGAUGCUACAAAACAGAUAUUUAGCCGUUGUUUAUUGAAUUGUCUUCAAGUUCCACUUUGGCGGUGCUACAUUAAGUUCAUAAGAAAGACCAAUGACAAGAAAGGGCUAGAGGGUCAGGAAGAAACUAAGAAGGCAUAUGAUUUCAUGCUCAACUAUGUUGGAGUGGACAUAGCAUCUGGACCUGUGUGGAUGGAGUACAUCACUUUCUUAAAGUCAUUGCCGGCAUCACAUCCACAGGAAGAGUCAUUACGAAUGAUUGCUGUACGGAAAGUAUAUCAAAAGGCCAUUGUUACUCCUGUGCAUCACAUUGAACAAAUUUGGAGGGACUAUGCAAAUUUUGAAAAUUCUGUUAGCCGUCAACUGGCAAAAGGACUGAUAUCUGAAUAUCAACCCAAAUUUAACAGUGCUAGGGCUGUCUAUAGGGAGCGCAAGAAAUAUUUUGAAGAAAUUGAUUGGAAUAUGCUUGCUGUUCCACCAACUGGCUCGCACAAGGAAGAAAUGCAAUGGAUGGCAUGGAAAAAGUUGUUAGAAUUUGAAAAAGGAAACCCACAAAGGAUAGACAAUGUAUCAUCCAACAAAAGAAUUACGUUCACGUAUGAACAGUGCCUGAUGUAUCUAUACCAUUGGCCUGAUAUAUGGUAUGAGUAUGCUACCUGGCAUGCAAAAUGUGGUGCAAUUGAUUCUGCAGUUAAAGUUUUUCAGAGGGCUUUGAAGGCUCUUCCUGAUUCGGAGAUGCUAAGAUAUGCUUAUGCAGAACUGGAGGAAUCCCGUGGGGCAAUUCCGUCAGCGAAGAAAAUAUAUGAGACCUUUCUAGGGGAUGAGGCUAAUGCAACUCCUCUUGCACAUAUACAAUUUAUUCGCUUUCUUAGGAGGACUGAGGGAGUUGAAGCAGCCCGUAAAUAUUUUCUAGAUGCUCGGAAAUCCCCUAACUGUACAUACCAUGUCUACGUCGCAUAUGCAAUGACAACCUUUUGCCUAGACAAGGAUCCAAAGAUGGCACACAAUGUUUUCGAAGCUGGAUUGAAACGGUUUAUGCAUGAGCCAGUCUACAUUCUUGAGUAUGCAGACUUCUUGACUCGUUUGAAUGAUGAUAGAAAUAUCAGGGCUUUAUUUGAGCGUGCACUAAGCUCACUACCACCAGAGGAUUCUGUUGAGGUUUGGAAACGGUUUGUCCGAUUCGAACAAACUUAUGGAGAUCUGGCUAGCAUGUUAAAGGUUGAACAAAGAAGGAAAGAGGCACUAUCUGGAACAGGUGAAGAGAGUUCAUCAGUAUUUGAGGGUUCAUUACAAGAUGUUGUAUCAAGAUACAGUUUUAUGGACCUUUGGCCUUGCUCAACGAGGGACUUGGAUCAUUUGAAUCGACAAGAGUGGCUUGUAAACAACAUCAAUAAGAAACCAGAGAAAUCUACAACUCCUGGUGGCCCUGGGUUCAUAGAUAAAAGUACCACAGGCCUGAUAAGCAAUGCAAAUGUGACUGCGAACGUUGUAUUUCCGGAUGUUACUCAAAUGAUGACCUAUGAUCCACGGCAAAAUCCAGGGACAGGAAUCCCUCCAAAUACAGCAGUACCUGGAGUUCCUGCUGCUUCUAACACUUUGUCAAAUCCCGUUGUUACAAUUAUGAGUGGUCAAGCAACGGAAGCCUUCGAUGAAAUCUUGAAAUCAACACCACCUGCUUUGUUAGCCUUUUUGACAAAUUUGCCUGCUGUUGAGGGUCCAACUCCAAACGUGGAUGUUGUAUUAUCCAUUUGUUUACAGAGUGAAAUACCAAGAGCACAAACCGGGAAUGGAAGGCCAGGGACCGCCACAAAGCAAAUGUCGUCCAGUGCUGCUGGUCCUACUACAAGUGACCUCUCGGGUUCAACCAAGUCACACCCUGCACCGAGUGUUUCCUCAUACAAGCCGAGUAGGGGAAAAAGGAAAGAACUCGACGACAGACAAGAUGACGACGACACCAGAACAGUCCAGAGCCAGCCAUUACCGAGAGACGCUUUCAGGAUAAGACAGUUCCAGAAAGCUCGUCACACGGUUUCACAAACGGGUUCAGCAUCAUAUGGAAGUGCUAUGUCUGGAAAUUUAUCUGGCAGCACUAGUUGACUUACCGUUGCUGGACAUUCUUAUCUAAUUAGCUGUAGCUCUAUUUGUAUCAAACAAGCAAUUUCUUUACCAUAUUUGUAACCAUAUGUGACAAUAUCUCAAUGCAAUAAUAAGUUCUUUUUGUUUA